AUGAUCGUUGAUGAAAAUGUUUUUUCCACCUUAAAAAAAAAUUCAAACAACGAGAAUCUAAUAAGAGACAUGGCAGAUAUCGGAUUAGUUGGUUUGGCUGUUAUGGGCCAAAAUUUAGCUUUGAAUAUUGCUGACAAGGGAUUCAAGAUUUCAGUUUACAAUAGAUCCUAUGAAAAGACUGAACAUACUGUUCAAAGAGCCAAAGAUGAAGGAAAAGGUGCCUACCAACUUGAUGGAUUUAAAACCAUUGAAGAAUUUGUGAAUAGUCUUUCUAAGCCUCGCAAGAUUAUUAUGCUUGUCCAAGCAGGUAAUCCAGUCGAUGCUACCAUUGAAUUGUUGACACCUCUUCUUGACAAGGGAGACAUUAUUAUUGAUGGUGGUAAUGAAUGGUUCUUGAAUACUGAAAGACGUGCAAAGAAAGCCGAAGAAAAUGGAAUUUUAUAUAUGGGAAUGGGUGUUAGUGGCGGUGAAGAAGGAGCUCGUCACGGACCAUCUCUCAUGCCUGGAGGUCCUCUUGAAGCCUACAAUCAAGUGAAACACAUCUUGGAAAAGAUUGCUGCUCCAUUGGAAAAUGAAGCCCCUUGUGUCACUUAUAUCGGAGAACGAGGCUCUGGAAAUUAUGUGAAAAUGGUUCACAACGGAAUUGAAUACGGUGACAUGGAGCUUAUUGCUGAAGUUUAUGACAUGAUGAAGAGUGUUGGUAAAUUGACCAAUGAAGAAAUUGCUGAAGCUUUUACUGAAUGGAAUAAUUCUGAAUUGAAGAGCUAUCUCAUUGAAAUUACAAUGCAAGAGGGAGCUGAGAGAGGAAUUGCCAUUCCAACCAUGGCUUCUGCACUUGAUUCACGUUACAUUUCCUCAUUGCGAGAUCAACGAUUGCAAGCUGAAAAGCAAUUAACAGGACCAACUCCUAACGACCUCACAGAAACCAUUGACAAGAAGGUGUUGAUCCAACAAUUGAAAGAUGCUCUCUAUUGCUCCAAAAUUUGUUCCUACACACAAGGAAUGAACUUGAUUGCUGAAGCUUCCAAGCAAUAUGGAUGGAAUCUUAAACUUGGCUCAAUUGCUCGUAUCUGGAAGGGUGGUUGCAUCAUUAGAGCCAUCUUUUUGGAUCGUAUUAAGAAUGCCUAUGACCUCAAUCCUAAUUUACCAAGUUUACUCUUAGAUCCAGAUUUCAAUAAGGAAAUUGCUGAGAGACAAGCUUCAUGGAGAAAGAUCAUUCAAUUGGCCAUCAAUGCUGGAAUUCCAACACCUGCUCUUUCCUCAAGUUUGGCUUAUUAUGAUUCGUACCGAAGAGGACGCUUGCCAGCCAAUUUGAUUCAAGCUCAAAGAGACUUUUUCGGAGCUCACACCUUUGAAAGACUUGACAUGCAAGGAAAAUUCCAUGCCAAAUGGGAGGAAUAA